GAGAGUCAGAUUCUGAGAUAGACACAUAAACAAAAUUUUGUAACAUUCAAGCGGAGGAAAUAACAAAAUGAAGUUGUUCGUAUGUAUGUGUGCUUUGUUUGCUGUGGCCAAUGCUGGCUUUUUGGGACUUUUAGGAGGUGGCGGCGGCGGCGGCGGUGGUGGUGCCUCUAUUAGCCACAGUCACGGCCAUGAUCACGGACAUGGUCAUGGUGGUUAUAUCAGUGAAUCUUAUCACGGUCAUUAUGAACAUGAUCAUGGCCAUGGUGCUCCCGAUAAAGUUAUCAAAGUGAAAUUCGUCAAUGGAGGACAUGGUGGUGAUAGUUAUGGUCCUGGUCCAGCUGCUGCUCCUCAAGUUAUUAAAGUCAUUCACCAAGAAUCAUCUAGUCACAGUCAUGGCCCAGCUCCCCAAGUCGUUAAGGUUAUACACCAAGAAGCUGCUCCAGCUGUAGGUCACGGUAGCCAUGGUCAUGCUUCUGCUCCUCAGGUUAUUAAAGUAAUUCAUCAAGAAUCUGCUGCUUCUCACAGUCAUGGUGAACAUGGUGUUCAUGCUGCCGCUCCUCAAGUCAUUAAUGUUAUUCACCAACAAGCUGAAUCUUCUGCUGCUUCCUCAGCUGGUGGUUACAAUUAUGGCCCAGCACCAGCCCCUGCUCCCGCUCCUCAAGUAAUCAAUGUUGUUCAUCAUCAUGAACAACAUCAUGCUGGUUCUUUGGGUUCUGCACCUGGACCUGUUUCAGCUCCUGCUAAAAUCAUUAAGGUCAUCCAUCAAAAUACUGUUUCUAGCGGUGCUGCUGUUCAACAACAAGCCAGUGCUCCAGCUAAAGUUAUUCGUGUGAUUCAUGAGCAAGUUCAAACUCAAUCUUCAGCUCAAGCCUCCGGAUCUUUCGCAAGUGCUUCUGUAGUUGCCCCUGAAAACACUUACUUGCCUCCUGUUCAAGCUCCAGCCCCUGCUUUCAAUCCUGCGCCACAAUACACUGCUCCCGCUCCCCAAUACACUGUUCCACAACAUAGCGCCCCAGCUCCACAAUACAGUGCUCCUGCUGCUCAAUACGGCCCUCCACCUGCACCUCAAUAUAGUGCACCAGCACCCACCUUCACCGCUCCUGAACCUGUACCAAGCGUUCAUGUUCCCGCUCAAUCUUAUGGACCACCCCAUUUUUAAACAUUAGAAGCAUAAUUUUCCUCUAAGAGGAAAUUAGAAACAUUGUCAUACGUACUACCUCAUUUUGUACCUGUCUUGUUACACCAUAAAUUAAUUUUGUGUACUUUAGUUUUUAAGAAAUAGUUUAAUAAACAUUAUAUAGAAAAAA